AGUGAUCGCGUCCCCCGAAAGGGAGUCAUCCCCACGUUGGCUCUUAAAGAGCCCGACUGCCUUCAGCCAAGAGACGAAAGGCUCCGUCCCACCGCUCAGCAUGCACUGGCAAAAAUCUUCUGCUUCAGAACAACAGCCGCAGCCUCGCCCCUACCAAGGGGUCCGUGUCAAAGAGCCAGUGAAGGAGCUAUUGAAAAGGAAACGGGGAAAUGUUCAUAAUGCCACUGCAGCAGCAGCCACAACGGUUGUUCUGCCCCACCAGCCACUCCCUUCCUACUCACCAAUGGGCCAGCCAUGUAUCGACGUGGAUGCUGCUGCCCCUGCACUGCCCGGCGCAGAGGAAGGAGCGCUCUGUUCCAGCUGGCUCUCCCAGCCCUCUCCCUCAUCCCUGCAGCCUCUGACUCAGUGGACCACUUACCCUGACUACGUGUCCCACGAAGCAGCCAGCUGUCCUUACACUGCGGACAUGUACAUUCAGCCUAUGUGUCCCAGUUACACGUUGGUUGGACCCUCGUCUGUACUGACCUAUGCUUCUCAGCCACUGAUCACCAACUUCACGCCCCGAAGCAGCACCCCGGCUGUGGUGCCCCAACUGGAGGUGACGGAGCAGCAGCCGCCCCUCACCUACUUCCCGUGGGCACAGCCCCUCUCAGCGCUGCCGGCCCCCACCCUGCAGUACCAGCCGGCCUCUUCCACGCUCCCCACGCCGCAGUUUGUGCCCCUGCCCAUCUCCAUCCCUGAGCCUGCCCCCCAGGAGCUGGAGGAUGCCCGGAGGGUCAUCGGCACGCUGCCCAUAGAGAAGCUGCUGCUAGAAGAUGAAGACAAUGAUACGUAUGUGUUAAACCACGCUCUCUCUGUUGAAGGGCUUUAAGUUGCACAUCUUGGGUCCUGUCCUCGUGUACUCAAUGCUCCACGUGGAAUCACCAUGUGCAUUGAGUACAGGGGAAAUCUGGCCCAGGGGGCGAGGGCAGCGAGUUGACUUAAGGUUUUAUUGUCCAAUUCCAGCACACCGUGGCUGAGUGCUGAGUGAAACUUGCCUUGUCCUGGGGCCCAGCACCCAAUGUCUGUGCUGUUACAGCCUCAGCACGAGGUGACUUUCAUCUCACAGCCUGAAAUGGACAAACCGUAGUGUAGCCAUGGCCAACUGCAGUGUUUGGUGAGGGUGCCCUCGCCUUUAAGUGUUAGCAAGACCUUUCCAGUAGGACUGCUUUCUAGAGCUCAGUGUAAAUGCCUUGUGUAUGCCUUUGCUCUGUCUGUAGAGCUGUUUAUGCCACUAGAAAAUGUUUGGGGGCCCUCAUUGGUACUUUUAAAAAUUGAACCACCCCUUUGGGACACAAGAAGAGGUAGAAGGUACAUUUGUUCUGCUGGUGCAAAUGGGUGCAUCGGUCCAAAGAUGAAAAGUCAAUGCAGUUGAACUACACGGCAGUGCAGUUGGGUAUCUCUGGGCACAGAGCAAUGCAAAGCGACCUGGGUGAAACCUUUGAUUUCACGUGAAGGUGAAACUCAAAGCUCUCACCUUAUCUGUCCCUGUAAGACAGACGUGUAGGUAUUGAAGGACAGUGCAUUGCGGUUGUGGUCUUUCAUCUGCAGAGUGUUUUUUGGACUCUGAAUUUCCACCUUGGAGAUGGGGGGCUGGUUCUGUGGCUGGCUGGUAAUGCUGCGUGUUCUACCAAUGGACAGAUCCUGGUCCCACUGACGUCACCGAGAGUUUUGCCUGAGUCAGGAUUGCACAGCAUGGCCCCAUAUCAGCAAAUCAUUGAGAAGACAGGGUCUUCCAAAAUCUGGACUUCAGCCUCACAAGAAAUUCCUGACAUUACUCUUAGCUGGCAAUACUUCUGUUUCUUCUGUAGCGUUUGAGUAUGAAGUUGGUGGUGUGCUGAGCCAGGGAACCUUAGUGACCUCUCUUGUGCCUUACUGCUAUGGAAAGUUCCUCUGCGCUGUAGUUUCUCAAGCUCACAGGUGCACACGUUCUCUUUAUGGCUUUCUGGCUUUCUUUCCCAGACGAUGAGUAGCUUUACCUUUUCCUCUGAUGCCGCUGUAAAUACUGUUGUUGAUGCUCAGGAGUGCCGUGCCACAAACAUACUUGCAGGAGAUGUACCCCCUUCUGAUUUUUGUUUAUCGUUUCCUUAAAAAAAAAACAAAAAAAAACCUGGGGGCUCUUGGCUGAUGAACACAAUUUCUCUGGGUUUUUCUGCUUUCUGAAGCCCAGGAUCCUUAGCUGAGUUCAGUACUUGUGAGAUUAAGCAAAGUAAUUUAUUGCACUGCUGACUGCCUGGUGCCCAGCACUCCAGUUGCCACCCAGGCAAUAUUUCAAGUAACCUUAAUGUUUAAUGCCUGAGUGAGGUUUGCAAGACCAGAGCAAAAGUCUUGAGGACUUUCAAAGCGUAUUUCAUGGUUUAAUAUCCACAAAUCCAGACGACAUGAGCAAUAGAUCAAUAUAAGUGAUCGUUAAGUCACUUGAAAAUAGCAGUAGUCCAGGCGCAUUGAAAUCAGUGGCUUACAUUUGCAGAAAAACCCAGCAAAGAAAUUAAUUAGAAGGAGUUUGGUUCACCACUGCUUACUCCAGUUUUAUGAGUACAGAAUCAUUCAGUAAAACUGGGAUAAUAGGUGUGUGGACCAAGCCUGUGGUUGCUAAGAUUGCAGUUUAAUUCCUUUCACUUCAAUGUAUGUAAAUUCUGUGUGUGGAUACCAAAGAUGAACUGCUUCAGAAUUUCUUUCUGGGUUGUUCUGGUUAGAAAAAGAGAAACUAUUCUCCAAUAAAGAUCUAUAGUAACUUC